GGAAAGCUGAAUGGAAAAGAAGACGGAGGGUGAAAGCGACUGAAGAGUGUUUGUACAAGUCGGACUAAAAAGGUGAAUAUGGAUUCAGAUCGUGGAGUCACAGAGCUGGAUUCCUUCCAGGGGACUGGAAACCCCCCCAGCGAUGAACCGGUCAACGCACCGGUCAAUGGCUCAGAACAUCAGAUCCAGGAGCCGGAGCAGCUCUGGGUUCCCAGCGGGAGGCGCCUGAUCUCUGGGCUGCUGGGGCUGAACGUGGUGCUGCUUGGAGCCGCCCUGGUGGCCGGGGAGGCUCUCAGUCCGGAGGGCCUGAAGCACCAGGAGCACCAGGUGUUCAUGCUGCUGCUGAUGGGGCUCAGUUUGGUUUGGAUGCUGUGGUACCUGCUGUGGGCCAGGAAACAGCCCGACAUCUGUCCACAUAAAGACCACCACGCGGGGGGAGUCGCUGUCACCUUGGUCCUCAUGCUGUUCGCUGCUUUCAGUCUGCUGCUGUACAUCUGCAGGAUCGGCUAUCUGAUCAGCAUGAGGGAGUGCAAGCCUGCUGCUCAGGUGCUCUCCCCGUUCAUCGAGGCUCCUUUCCUCACAAUGCAGACAUAUUUACUGUGGGCUCACUCCAAAGACUGCAUUCACAGACACAAGAUAAUCACCAGGUCCGGGCUGGUGCUGAUCCUCUCAGCCGACCUGCUGCUGUGGCUGAACGCCGUGACCGAGGACACCAUCCACGAGGAGAUCGAGCUAGAAAAAGACGACAAGCUUGAUUUCAGCAACACAAACUCCACUGAAGCGGACGUCUCAGAUUUAGCAGGAGUCACCAACUCGACCCUCUGUCAGUGCGGCACAAGUGCAGCCUGCCUCACCUUCCGGAAAGGCUUCGAAAUCCUUUAUCCCUUCAACAUGGAGUUCUACCUGAUGGCAGGCUGCAUGAUCUACGUGAUGUGGAAGAACGUGGGCCGCAGGAUGAGCCCAGGUCACCACCACGGUGCUCAGAAGCUGACCCUUCAAAUUGUCUCCCAGGGCGGGAUCAUAUACGGCCCCGUGUUUGGCGCCCUGGUCCUCGUAGCAGGAGUGGCCUUCUUCGUUCUCUACCAGGUGUGGGUGAGCCAGCAGGAGCGUCGCGUCACCGCCUUCCUCUUAUUCUACGGUUACCAUUUAGCGGUCAUGCCUGUCAUGUCGCUCUGCUGUGUGGCUGGGAUGCUGGUCCACAGGCUGGAGAGGAGGGUGAGCGAAGGGGAGCACAACCCCACCCGUAGCCUGGACGUGAUCCUCCUGGUGGCGGCAGCUCUGGGCCAGCUCGGCCUGUCCUACUUCUCCCUGGUGGCGGCUCUGGCCGUGGGGACUCAAGGGCUUCUGGAGGGCCUCGACCUCUCCUACUCCCUCCUCAGUCUCCUGGAGCUCAUCCUCCAGAACAUCUUCAUCAUCCAGGGUCUCCACAGGCACCCGAAUCUCCUCGGCAAGAAGAGAGAGAAGCGUUGGAGCAGCAUUUUCAAGCCUAAGAAGAAGGCAGCUGAGCCGACACAAGAGGAGAAGAGGACGGGACUGUCGCUACUGGAGGAAAACACAUCAGCUGCUGCUCCUAAGCAUCAUGGGAAAAAGCCCUGGACCAAAAGAGUGAUGAGAGAAAUCUGUGCCUUCCUCAUCCUUUCUAAUGUCAUGCUUUGGGUCAUCCCUGCGUUUGGAGUCCACCCUCAGUUUGAAAACGGCCUCGGGAAGCAGUUUUUCGGCUUCUCGGCUUGGUUUGUUCUGGUGAACCUGGGUCAGCCGCUCAGUGUGUUCUACAGGAUGCACUCAGUGGGAGCUUUGAUGGAGCUGCUCAUCUCUGCAUGACGAGCAACACCGACACCCAACCAAAGCGGUCUGGACUCUCAUGUGACUCUCACAUGUCAUGUCAUGUGACAUGCAGCUGAGCCUUUCCAGGAUGCCCCUUUCAUACCCAAUCACCUGUUACCAACCGACCUGUU